CUCUGGUAAGCACCAUGACGGAUGAUGAGCUGUCUGCCUUGGUGGUAGAUAAUGGGUCAGGGAUGUGCAAGGCAGGCUUUGGGGGUGAUGAUGCCCCCCGUGCCGUGUUCCCCUCCAUGGUAGGGCGUCCCCGGCACCAGGGAGUCAUGGUAGGCAUGGGCCAGAAGGAUUGCUAUGUGGGUGAUGAGGCCCAGAGCAAGAGGGGCAUCCUGACCCUGAAGUAUCCCAUUGAGCAUGGAGUGGUCACCAACUGGGACGAUAUGGAAAAGAUCUGGCACCACACUUUUUACAAUGAGUUGCGAGUGGCACCAGAUGAGCAUCCCAUCCUCCUCACAGAGGCACCCCUGAACCCCAAGAUCAACCGGGAAAAGAUGACUCAGAUCAUGUUUGAGGCCUUCAACACACCUGCCAUGUAUGUGGCUAUCCAGGCUGUGCUGUCCCUCUACGCCUCAGGCCGAACCACAGGCAUUGUGAUGGAUUCUGGGGAUGGGGUCACUCACACUGUGCCCAUCUAUGAAGGUUAUGCCCUGCCACAUGCCAUUCUACGGCUGGAUCUGGCUGGCAGAGACCUCACGGAUUACCUCAUGAAGAUCCUGACGGAAAGAGGCUACAACUUCACCACGACAGCUGAACGGGAGAUAGUUAGAGACGUCAAAGAGAAGCUGUGCUACGUCGCCCUGGACUUUGAACAAGAGAUGGUCAACGCUGCAGCCUCCUCCGUGCUGGAACGAAGCUAUGAGCUUCCCGAUGGGCAGGUAAUCACAAUCGGGAAUGAACGCUUCCGCUGCCCUGAGGCCAUCUUCCAGCCUUCCUUUCUGGGCAUUGAGUCCAGUGGGAUCCAUGAGACAACUUUCAACUCCAUCAUGAAAUGUGAUGUGGAUAUUCGCAAGGAUCUCUAUGCCAACACCGUGCUGUCUGGAGGCAGCACUAUGUAUCCUGGCAUCGCCGACCGGAUGCAGAAAGAAAUCGUCAUCCUGGCACCCAGCACCAUGAAAAUCAAGAUCAUAGCUCCCCCAGAGCGGAAGUAUUCGGUUUGGAUCGGGGGCUCCAUUCUGGCCAGCCUGUCCACAUUCCAGCAAAUGUGGAUCAGUAAGCAAGAAUAUGAUGAGGCAGGUCCUCCCAUCGUCCACAGAAAAUGUUUCUGAAUGUGCUGAAGGAUUUACAUUUUUCCUUUAUCUAGGUCAUAGUGAUGGUACUGCUUUCCUCCACUUUCCACUGAGUCAAGGUAAAUAGACUGUUGCUAGUGUGUAAACCAGCAAUGUCAUCACUAUCCAAAAAUUAUUGCCACCUGCCCUUCUAGCCACAUCUUGACUU